UCCGGGUGGUGGAGGACAAGUCUCAGUUGCCUCCGCUUCUGAGACUGUCAAUCCACGCAUCUUAUCAUGCGGCUCGUUGUGCAUGACACCGCGGAGACUCACAGCACGUGGAGGCUCAUGCUACUCUCCGUGAUCCAUGCACAACUUACCACGCGCCCCAUUGAGAGUGAGAGCCACUAAUCGCAACCACGAGGAGAUUACCCCAUGUGACUCUACCCUCCCUAGCAACCAGGCCAAUUUGGUUGCUUAGGGACCAGGCUGGAGUCACUCAGCACACCCUGGAUUCGAACACGCGAAUCCAGAUGUCCGUGUCUUUACUCGCUGAGCUACCCAGGCCCCCAAAUAAAAACAUUAUGAAGAACAAGAGAAUCCAAUGUGGAAAAAAGAAGUUUAACAUGGACCCAAAGAAGGGUAUCCAGUACCUUGUGGAUAAUGACCUGUUGGGGUGGAAACCAGAAACUGUGGCGGAGUUCCUCUACAAAGAGGAUGGCCUCAAUAAAACAGCUAUUGGCAACUUUUUAGGAGAAAGGGAGGAGAUCCACCUUCAGAUCCUGCAAGCUUUUGUUGACCUUCAUGAGUUCUCAAACCUUAAUCUGGUUCAGGCUCUAAGGCAAUUCCUGUGGAGUUUCCGUCUGCCUGGUGAGGCUCAGAAGAUUGACCGUAUGAUGGAGGCUUUUGCUCUUCGCUACUGCACCUGUAACUCUGGAGUUUUUCAGUCCAUAGACACCUGUUACAUUCUUUCCUUUGCUAUCAUCAUGCUCAACACAAGCUUGCAUAACCCCAAUGUGAAAGACAAGACCACACUAGAACGCUUCAUCAGCAUGAACAGAGGAAUCAACAAUGGGGGAGACCUUCCUAAUGAACUGCUUGAGAAACUUUAUGAGAGUAUUAAGAAUGAACCAUUUAAGAUCCCAGAAGAUGAUGGGAAUGAUCUUACUCACACCUUCUUCAAUCCUGAUCGAGAGGGUUGGCUUCUCAAAGAGGGUGGCAGAAUAAAGACCUGGAAGCGGAGAUGGUUCAUUUUGACUGACAGCUGUCUCUACUAUUUCCAGUAUACCACUGACCAAGAGCCAAAAGGUAUCAUCCCUCUAGAGAACUUAAGUGUUAAAGAGGUGGAAGACACACACAAACAGUUCUGUUUAGAGUUGUUUAGCCCUCAUCGCAAAGGGGAGAUGAUAAAGGCUUGUAAAACAGAGACAGAUGGAAGAGUUGUGAUGGGUAAACACCAAUCUUACAGACUCAGUGCUGCAUCUGUUGAGGAACAAACAGAAUGGAUCCAAGCCAUCAGAGCCUGCAUCACAAAAGACCCAUUUUAUGACCUGGUAUCUGUAUGCAAGAAGAAGGUCAUCAACCAUAUUGAACACCAUGAGUGAGGCAGACUUAAAGGACAGAUUAAUGAAAAGUUGAAGUAAGGAGGUCGAUCUGUUUAAAAAAUGUUGCUCACAGACUAGAGCCACUGGAACAUUCAAGAGUUUGGAUCACUGGACUGAGUGAGCAGCAUGAAAUGAUGAAUGAGGUUCUACAGUAGGUGCUACAGUAAUUCUCACCCCACCCUAUCACCAUGCAUGGGUCACAGCUGCUACAUUUGCAGCCUCGGGGCUUGGUUAGGCGGUGGUGUUGUGGUCAGGAGUUCUGUGAGAAGCUAUUUUCAUAUUUAUUAUAACUUACGAGAAAUGAUACAGUGAAAUCGCUUGCAAGUGACCCUUGGAAAUAUUUUAGUUUCUCUCUUUUAUUUGUAAAUUUCUAUGUAUUUGCAGAUAUUUUUUUUUAUUUAUUUAUAUUUUUUUUUUUAUAGUUUCUAUAAAUUAAUUUUCUGUUCCUGUUUAAGUGAGGGAUUAAAACACAAAAUGUAAUUUUAGUAUCUAAGCUACAUUUCUAAACAUGUACUAAGCUAUUUAUGCUUUGAUGUAAAAUUUGGCCUGCUUUAUUUUAAUAUUUUUUCAAUUUGAUUUAACACCUUUAUUACUUUCUGAUUCUAAGAUUAACCAAAAAAGGAAAAAAUAAUAAUCAGUGUGUAUCUUGUAAAUAUUUUAGAAUUCUGGUGCCAUUUAGCAUUAAUGCUCAUCAGGUGGAAAUUGUCCAUAUUUUGUACAUAAUAAAUGGUUUAUUUAAUAAAUGUGUCCUUAUUUGAUUGUAAGAUUUUGUAAUUUCAGGGCACUGAAAAAAAAUCAGUGACACUUUACAAAAAGGUUGUAUUUGUAAAUAGUUUACAUUAGUUAACAGACUAACAAUGAAAAAUACUAUUACAGCACAACUAAAUACUAUUAUGCACAACUUUUCAUGUUAUAUGUAUUUCAACAUAAAUUAAUACAUUUUUACAAUUAAAAACUGUAUACAUUAACAUUAGUUAAUGCAUUAUGAAUUAACAUGAAAUUACAAAGAACUAUUUUAUUUUCAGAAAUCAACAUUAACCAAGAUUUAUAAAAAAAUAUAUUGUUCAUUGUUCAUGAUACCUAAUGUAAAAAAUAAAAUAAAAAAUACUGUAAAGUGUUACAGAUAAAUUUGUACAUUGUAGUAGUCCAUUGCCUGUCCUUACAAAAUCAUUAUGAUUCACUUUACAAGCCUUGUUUUCACCAAGCAACACACGUUUGUCCAGCAGAUGGAACUGUUUGCCAAUCUUUAUAACGCAAGAUUCGAGAUGUACAAUAACCUCUUCAACAGUCUAACAACAUAUAACUAUGUUUGUGAAAGAGUAAGAAAUAAUAUCAUUAGUUUGUAACUUUAUAUGAAUAAACCUUUUUAUUUAUUUUUUUUUCUAUUUUUUUUUUUUUCAUUUAGCACUCUUUUUGACUCUAUGUUUAGUCUACUUAGGUGAAUAUGUUAAAUUACCAGGUUGUCAAACCUGAAACACGAGAGACUUUUACUGAUACACUUAAGAUGACAAUCUUCUACAGAAGAAGAAAAAACCUCUGCAAAAUCUGAUUUGCACUUGUGGUCUACAAGAGCAAACUCCCCUCUUCCUGUGUAUCAUUUCCUUUAACUCUCUUCCUUUAUCUCACAUCUAUUCAUCCCUUUUUGAUUUUGUAUCAUUUUCCCAGUAAGAUUACAGAACUCCUCUCGCUGGUACUUGUACUUUAAAGUACAAUACUUUUCCAGUCGAGCGCUAUUUGGUGAUUGACAUAGACAACAUGAGUCUGGCUCAUAUUUGAAAAAAGUACUCUUUUGUCAAGUCUGAAUUUUUGUGUUUAUGCUUUAACCAAUGUGUAAUCAAUGAAACUGUUUGGUUUCACAAACAGUAUAUGCUUAAGUAGCACAAAUUAUAAUACUCUUAACAAACAUGGGAGGGCGAGUGUCACACCUACAUUAGCCAAACAGAGAUGUUGACUCCUCUCUGAUGUCAGAAUGUCAAGUAUUGUAAGCACAUUGGCACAGCUCUGUGUUUGCUUUUUUUUGUUGUUUGUGUUCAAGCCACAAUUCAUCUAUUGUCCACUAUUGUGUUCUUUAUGGGUGGACUAUUAAGUGU